UGAUGAUGGGCAAGCGCAAGUACAACUCCUUGCUCAGCGUACAGGCGGACAGGCACUGGAGGAAGUGCCAGGGCAAGCCUGCGCCUAAGAUCGGGAAGAUCGUGCACUCGCAAAUCUCCCAGUUUCUCGCCAACUCCGCCAGGAUUCGUGAGAAUGUACGCCAGCGUGGGUGUGCCAAGCAUCUGUUGUGGAAGGCAAAGCUACCUAUCAGUAUUCAGGAGGCUGUGUGUGAGUAUGAUCCUCGUACGGUGUUGACGAUCCCAAACUCGACGAAGAACUACACGGCCUACAAAUGUACUCGGUGUGGCAUCCAGAGGGCGCUGGGGCAGGCGCCUUGGAAUAUAUGCAGUGGGAGACGCAAUAAAGUUACGCGGAAGCAGUUCUUAACAAGUACGGUCGGAGUAUCACGUAUGCGGCAUUACUUUGAGGAGGAGCAGAAGCGCAUCCAGAAGAAGAAGGCCAACUUCGGACCUGACAAGCGUGAGAAGAGAAGGAAGUAUUGGGCCGAGUACUCCAAGCGGCCCGAGCACAAAGAGAGGAAGCGGAUCCAGAACCAGAAGCUGGACAAGAGGAGGUUGAGGAGUGGCCCCGAGCGCGAGCGCUACCUGAUCCAGAAGCGCAAGCGCGGGAAGGAGGCCUGGAAGAAGAAGGCACCGGCAGUGAGCGGCCAGAUGCGCUUGGCCACGAUCAACGUCACCGCUCUGAACGCCGCCAGGCUGGAGGAGCUGCUCACGCACGACGACCUGAAGGAGGUGGACUUCCUGGCCCUGCAGGAG